UUCAGCACGGCAGGAAUCGACUCAUUCUGCUCGACUCCGCGAGUCAGCUCGCUGUAGCUCAGUGUUAUUACUGUUAUUAUUAAUAAUUGUGUUGUUAAUUCAGUCACUUCAUCGGCUUACUUUCGUUCCGACUCAUGGAAAGUUUACAUUCUGGAACAUAAAUACAAAUACAAUACAAAAACGCAGAAUAUUUAAGCGGUUCACGUUAUUGUUUACGGGGUUACAGCUUUUUUUUUCCGAGCUAAACCGAGUUAGCUACAUGACUAGCGUUAGCACUUCCUGAAAGAAUAAAUAUAAAUAAACAGACUCUCUUUCCGGUUAGUAAAUCACAGUUUAGCAGAAUGAAUCGUUUAAGGUUAAUGUUAUUAGUUAAAACAUAUAUAUAUAGAUGCACGGCUUGUGUUUAGCUGGUAUUAGUUUUAUUUUUUAAUUGUCAGAAUUGUUUGCUAGCAAACAGCUAGCGCGCUAACGGUUGAGUAUUAGCAGUUAUUGCUAGCCUUUUGAGCGUAAAAAUAGGUUUUAUAGAUUUUAUUUCUUGGUUGGAUUUGAAACGUUGUUUGUUUUUUUUUAGAGAUUUGAACCGCUUUGUGGAUCCCUGAGACACACUGGACCUCACGCAGCACUGAUACAGUGGCUGAGUCAUCAUCUCGCCCCCUACCUCAUACACUCACGACAAACAGACUGACUUCCCUUCACCUCCCUUUAGUGUCCUGAGUAGAGACUUUUGAAGAUUUUUCGCUGGUUAAAAGUUGAAGCGUGAAGAUUUCCUGGGUUUUUGACUGAUGGGACGUGAGGAUGACGGAGGAAGGGGAAUCCCGCUCGGUGAACUCGCAGUUCGCGGUCUCCGUUCUCGACCAGCUGAAAUUGUUCUACGAGGAGAAGUUACUAACUGACAUCACGCUCCUGGUGGAGGACCAUGAGUUCCACUGCCAUAAAAUCAUCCUGGCCACAUGCAGCUCUUACUUCAGGGCAAUGUUUAUGAGUGGACUGAGCGAGAGCAAACAGUCCCAUGUCCACUUGAGGAACGUCGAUCCCAUAACACUGCAGACCAUCAUUGCAUAUGCUUACACAGGAAACCUGGAAAUUACACACAGUACAGUGGAGUUACUGUAUGAAACAGCUUGCUUUCUACAGGUGGAUGGCGUGGUGUGUGCUUGCCGGGACUUUCUCCUGCGCUCGCUCUCGGUGGAGAACUGUGUGCGUAUCCUGAGUUUGGCUGAUGCGUUUGGCUGCGCUGAGCUGAAGCGCAGUGCCCAGCGCGUGGUGGAACUGAACUUUCGACAUGUGUGUCGAGGCGAGGCCUUCCUUCAGCUCUCUCACACCCUGCUGCUGGAACUGCUGGGCAGCGAUGCACUGGACGUAGAGCGCGAAGAGACCGUGCGACAGGCAGCCGCGCUGUGGCUUGAGCACGAUGCUGCACACCGAGAGCGUCACCUGUCAGCUGUGCUUAGCCUUGUGCGCGUUGAUGCCUUGGCCGAGAUCACGCAGCGCGCUUGGUUUCGUGGCUUACCGCAAAAUCACAAGUCCAUCGUCAUACAGGGACUGUACAAAUCCAUGCCCAAGUUCUUUAAGCCACGAUUGGGCAUGACAAAAGAGGAAAUGCUCAUUUUUGUGGACACCGAUUCAUCAAGCGAUUACAGCAAUCAUGACUUUCAUCGCCCUCCGAGCGAAUUUAACAAUUUGCAUUUGCGACGCUCACCUAGCAAUAAUAACGACGACGAUUUACCUUUACAUCACUUGCCUAGCAGUAACGAUGAUUCACAGCGCUCGAUUACAUGCUACAGCCCUCAAGCUGAAAAAGUGUACAAGCUAACGAGCCCUCCGGAUGACUUGCGCAGAUUUGGAAUCCUUGUCACACCCGAUAAUGAUGUAUUUGUUGCUGGAGGCGAACAGCCAGUGAAAAAUGGCAAAUGGAAGGCAGUCCAGAGUUUCUAUUGGUUGGAUGCACAGCAGAACGCAUGGGUGGCAAAAGCAGCCAUGUUGACCGCACGCACACGCCCCACACUCGUCUUCUGCCACGGAUUUGUCUAUGCCAUCGGAGGAGGCGGCUACGAUGACAUGGGUGGAAGCCAUGACGAUGAUGUCACAAUGGAAUGUUACGAUCGCAGAAGAGAUGAAUGGAGUGCGACAAGCCCAAUGCCAACACAUAGCUCCUUGAGCCAAAACAACAUGGCCGCCGUAGCUGUUAACGACCGCGUUUAUAUCAUUAUCCACGAUGCUAUGUUUUGCUAUUCGCCGCGUAAUGACGUCUGGACAGAAAUAAUGGCGCAGAGAAGAAGAAGCUGUUUAGGCUCCGCCUCCUUUUUUUCAGGCACUGCCACUGCUGCUGUUCUUGGUGACCUCAUUUUCUAUGUUAGCGGAGGAGGAGACAGCGCUAUGGAGAUUUACGAUACAAGUAGGGACGAAUGGCGCACGAUUGCUGCGGUGCCUGUUGCCGAUGGCGAUGGUGCAGCUGUAUCAGAGGUGUGCGUGCGGGCUGUGGUUCUGUUCGAUACGUUAUGCGUGUUUGUGCGCGAACGUCAUGGAGGCUACGCGCUAAUACGUUAUGAUGCAACACGAGAGCGGUGGCUCCGCCCCCAGCCCAUUCCCCACCGUGCCCUAGGUCGUCUCGGCAAUCGCUUACGCCUUGCCGUUGCCAAGCUCUACCCAUCCUGCCUCACUGAGUUGCCGUGGAAACCACCAGCAUGCCCAUUCCCACCUGACGAUGAGGAAGAGUUUAGCACGGAUGGAGAAACUCUAGAGUUGCCAGAUUUAUAAAGAAACAGCGGCCAUUUUUAAAUCUGGACCGAAAGACUGCAGCGGCUGCUCUAAAUGGUGGCCAAUCUGAACUUAGAGACAUGUACAGAAACAGCGGCCAUUUUGAAACAUUUUGAUGUUUACCUUUUAGUAAAGGGUGGGCAUGUCAGAUCAGAGCCUUUGUUUCUGAGGUGACUAACUGAAUGAGGUUAAAACCUUUAAAAGCAUUAAUGAUGUCCAAAGUAAUUAGCGCGCAGCUGUGUUAGUGAGCAUGCUCGAGGAGAAACGCUAACAGGCUGAGAACUGUAAAAGACGGCCAGGGAAUCCGAUGUGUUCUGUUUUUAACAAGGAACGAGUACUCACGGCAUCCAUCUUUAAUCCACCCCGUGAUGUUUAACUUAUUUGUGAGGUGAAGAGAAAAGGUAAACAAACAUCCAAGAUGGCCCGGAUGUGUAGCGUAAAGCAGAUAGCAUUUUGUUUAACAGGUUUGCUGAGGGAGGGAGAGCAAUGAGAAUGGGGGAAAAAAAAAAACAAAAAAAACAAAAACAUCCAAGGUAGCAAACGGCUGGACAAUUACUGUGUAGAGAAUGACAGCCAUCUUGAAUCCACCAUGAGGCAAAAAGACUGCGAGGUGCUCAAGAUGGCCGACACGUUUAGCGCGUCUCGGACCGGAAACCUCUUCGAGAGGGCUGCGGCGUUAAGCGUACUCAGAACAAGCAGCCAUUUUGGAUUUAAACCAUCUGUUAACGUUACGCAGGUAGAGGAAGUGUAAAAAAAAUUUUCAACGAUUUUGAGACUUUACUGUGGAACCGGGUUGUCCUCCGUGACGGCCCAUCCCCCGCCUGUGAUGUCGCCACUGACCACGUGUAUGUAUGAUGAUGCAAUCGAUGGUGUAGAGCUGAGCUCAUCGUCGCUCCACAGACUGGUUUCUACUGUUCAUUAAUGCAUUAUUACUAUUUCUCAUUUCUCAAUGGUUCUGAUGAUGAUGAUGAUGAUGCACUUGCUUUCAAAUCUUCCACAAUAUGGCUGCCGUGUACAGGAGUCUGUCUCUGUGUGUGUGUGUGUGUGUGUGUGUGGCAUUGUUUUUUUUUGUUAAACGAGCAGUGUUUGACUGCAGGUUCGGUCAUGUAAAUGUUUUUUAGGUAAACCUGUCAGCUCUGAUCUUCACUGCAUCUACACCAACCACACUAAGUGUGUGUCUGAAUCUAAAGGACUGAGUGGACUUACGUACUUCGUCUCACGGUGUCAUAUUUCCAUCAAACGCUCGUUAUGCAAAUUUAUACAGCUAAACAAUAGCUUUGUGGUGGGCGGGGUUAACGAGCUUAAGAGCUUCAGGUUAAAUCGAAUCAACCAAUCACAGAGUUAUCCGUGACAUCAUGACUAGCCUUUCUUUGGUUCUGUGUUAAAAUAAUUGACAUUAUGACUUCUACAAGAGAAUGGUUUAGCAACGUUAGCUAAACACACAUUACCUAGAUGUUAUCUAACGUUAUCCCACUGCCAGCCUUCAUCUCCGGCUCAGCCUCAGCAGGAAGACGCAGCGAUACGAUGAGCUUUUCUGAUCGCAGUAUCGUCGCUGCACCGAAACAGGUGCACAAUAGUGCUGGGCGAUAUUGAAGAAAAAAAAUACAUAUAUUUUUUCAACUUUAUGAACUAUUCUCGAUUACAGUUUUUUUUUUUUUUUUUUUUUUUUUUGUUCUUACAUAAUGCAAUUGAAAAAUUAUGCAAUUUAUUUAUAAAGUCUUUUUAAAAAACUGUAUUAGAAAAUGUAGAUGUGCAAAAAUAGUAACAGUGGAAACUAUAGUAAAUAGUGCAAACAAUCGUUCUUUUAAAUAAAGGACAUUUAAAAAAAAAAAAAAAAAAAAAAAAAAGAAAAGAAAAAAACAUUAGCUUUGUUUACAUGCAGAGCAAAUUGCGUUUAAGGUCUAUAUUCGGGUUGCAGCCGUUUUCCGAAUACGAUGUUUAUACGCGUACAGGCAUCGGAAUAUUCCUGUAUACAUGGUUUGGUUGUAAGUUGGCAUUCCUAAAUAACCAGCCUACAGCUACGCAUCUGUUAGCACCUGAGUUGCUGAGCUGACUGAGCUGCGCAUAUAUCUCCUUUCAGUGGCUUUUCUGAUUAAGGCGUUUACAUGCAGCACAUCUCUGAUUAAUUAUUGUCUUAUUCUGAAUCGGGAAAUCGGAUUGCGGUGUUUACGUGUGCGGUGUUUACUCAAUAUUAAUUUAGUAUAUCGCCAAAUUCCGAUUAAUAUCGGAGUAUUGAUGUGCAUGUAAACGUAGUCGUUGUUUGCACUAUUUGCUAUAGAUGGCGCUGUUACUAUUUUUGCACAACGUAAGUGAACCGUUCUUUCUCGACAGAGUAAACAGGGACCGCGUCUUUCGUGACGUGAAACGUCACCGCACCUGAGAAGUCAGCUUGGGGUGUUCUUCUCAAAUCCGAGUUCGUCACGUCAACAUGGCUGCUCACAGCAUCAGAAAUAAACACAGAAAAACGUCUUCCCUUUAAAUGAGUUAUACGGUAUUUACAGGUAUUAGCUUUCGAUUAAUCAACUUGCAGAAGUAUUCGUUUGUUGAAUCUAAAACACUGACUGUGUAGUUCGCUGUUGGAGAAAGAAAAUAUACGUCGCUCAUCCGAGUUAGCUGCCUGGCCAACAGAAUACGAACAUGAGGGCGUCAGUUUUCCCAGAAUGCCGUAAUUGUGACCGGCGAAUUACUGCUUACGAUGUAAUGCAGCGUUUAUUUUACAUGAACUUGCUCAUCUGACUUUUGAAACCAAUUCCAUCUCUCUCUGAAGUGAUAUUUGAACAUGUCUUUGCUACGAAAAUCGCCCAGCACUAGUUGACAGAAUCACAUGUUUAAAAGUUCAGAGAGAUUGUUAAACUUGAUUUUGUGCAAUGAGGUCACACUUGUAGAUGGCGUCUGGCCAUGUUUAGUGACUAAAAGUACCAGGUUCUCCAGCAGCAGCCUGAAAACUGACAUGUGUUCCAGCAAAGCCAUGUAACAUUACGUAGCUAGCCAGUUUCUCUGGCAUGCAAGCUAACACUAAGCUAAUAUUUUGUGGAAUUAAAUGCUAGGCACAAUGUCUAACUGACAAGCUGAAAAGCUAGUGGUGAUGUCACUUUGAGUUCAGUUUAAGUCUUGCCCCUCUUCACGCAAGGUAAACCUGUCACUUGGCCAAAUCGGGAUUUGCUAAGUGUUGGUAAAGUAAGCGUUAUGAAGCGUAAUAAACAUGACGUGUUCUGGCUUUGCUGAUGGACGCGUCCCAAACCAGCAGCAUAGCAGAACAGCGCACACUCUGACACCUGUGUAUCUGCUCCGAUCUGGUUUAGUAUCCUCCGAGCGACAUUUUACCAGCUUUAUUCAGAAUCUGGGUUAAACCUACCAUUAAUUUGCGAGUGAUGAUGACCCCUUGCUAGCCUUUACAUUUUUUACACAGCAGUUUACAAACAUAUAAACCCUGUUUUUUCCUUUUUUUGAUAAGUAAUUUGUGAUUGUUGCAUUGAUUAAUUUCAAUUAUUGCAAUUUAAAUCAUUGCAUUGAUCCUAAUCUGUUUUGACGCACCAUUAAGUAAAGCGGGAUACAGUUUGGGAUACAACCCAAAGCUAAAAAUCUUACCUGCUAGAUGACUAAGCCCAGGAACUAAACAUGAGUCCUACUGAUCGUCAUGGUAACCGAAAGGCUAAUCUGCCUAGCUAGCUGGAUGGCCAGCAUCUGUAACCAAGGUACAGUGGAGCUUUGCGGUUGCUGGUUGGCUGAAAACUAGCUUUGAAAAUGUUAUGUGCUUAUAGUGGCGAAUAGUUUUGAGGCAAAGUUUGGGACGCAGCCCAUGUCCGAGUCGUCAAGGUGUCCAGGAAAGCUUUUUGUUUGUUUGUUUGCUAAACACUCACCUAGCUAACACGUUUGGUGUUGUAGUUUUUUUGUUACAUUAUUCAAUAUGGUGCCAGUUUGGUGGUUUGGGACACAGCCCAUGACGUGACACCUGGUUUGGGAUGCGACCCACGUCUGAGACGUCAGCCCAAAAACACUUUUUGCCAAACACUUAGCUGUCUUCACUUUGACAUUAUUUAGUAUGAGGGCUUGUGGUUUGGGACGCAGCCCAUGAAUGUGGCAAGUUGUCAUUAGUGAAAUGUGACACCUCGUUUGGGACGAAGCCCACGAAGUCCUUUCCAGAAUAUUCUGCAGUGCAGCAGUUGAUGGAAACACACAUUUCUGUAAGAUAACUGUUACCAUAGUGUUCGAGAGCGAUCGUGUGUGUGUGGGUGUGUGUGUGUGUGUGUGUUUGUGUGUGUUUUGGGGGGGGUUUCAUGGUUUUGUUAUCAGAGCCUUUGCCACUAUAACAGAGGGAUUAUGGGUAAUGUGGGGUUUAACUGGUUACUGAGUGUGAUGAUGUAGAGUUCCGACAUACACUCAGCCUGUCCCUCAGCACUGUACUGCACACACACCUUUAAUUUAUUAUUAAACACCUCACAAACACUCCGCCUCUGUCUUUAUUCAUCGCCGCAAUACAGCUGGGUGCAAAAGUUUACGCCCCCCUUUUGGUUUCUGAAUGCAGUUUAUCUAUAAAACAGAAUUGUGUUUGUGUAUUUUCUUCUGAUUGCAAACUAAAUUUUACAGCGGUUGAAACUCAGCUUCACACUGUAUGAAUUUUGGACCAAAAAAACAAAAAACACACGUUAUAAAAGAAUUCUUUGGUUGCAAGCUGAGAUUGACAGUUUUAAAACGCAUCACGUUCUGUCUGAGAAAGUUUUUUAAUAAAGCCUCAGGGUGUGAACUCUGCUACGACGCUCACCGGACUCACGGGACAGCUACAAAUACGGCAACGCCAAUGACGAAACGCCGACGGAACAGUAGCAAAAGUAGCAGAAUUUCCUCAUUACCUCGAGCUCUUUUGUGCAUGAGCUGAUUUCCGGAUCACGCUGAUUAACGUCGGAAGCAGAACCUAGUAAUUUUCUUUCAUCACAGGUCUAUCGUCAGAGGAUCUUCUUUAUGUAAUCUGACUUGGAGAUCACACACGUUACUACUUCUUUUAAAGAAAUCGGCCAAGAUUUUAUUGGGAUCGAAAACAAAAUAUUCUUAAAAUACAGCUGAAAUCGGAUUUACGUCAGCAGG